AUGGAAGGAACAAGUGGUGUUUCAACGUUAAAGAUGUUGAAUCAUGAGUUGGUGAAAUUAGAUUGUUUUGAUGGAACCUAUUUCUCUCGAUGGAAAGACAAGAUGAAAUUCCUACUUACUGCACUAAAACAUUUCUAUGUCUUGGACCCGAAUUUGAUGCCUUUUCGUACUGCGAGUAAUGAAGAUACUGAUGAGAUUAAGGCACAAAGAAAGAAACAGGAGGAAGAUGAAUUGAUAUGCAAAUGGCACAUUCUCAAUACUCUUUCAGAUCGUCUCUAUGAUCUCUACACAUCAAUGAAAUCAUCGAAGGAGAUUUGGAUUGCUUUGGAGGCAAAGUACAAAACUGAGAAAGUAGGUACGAAUAAGUUUAUUAUUCAAAAGUAUUUUGAUUAUAAAAUGCUUGAUAAUGUCUCAGUUUUAGAUCAAGUGCAUGAGUUACAGAUUUUGGUCAAUAAACUCCGUGAUUUGUCAAUCAAUAUUCAUGAAUCAUUCCAAGUGGGUGCAAUCAUUGCGAAACUCCCACCAAGUUGGAAUAAUUUUAGGAAGAAGCUUCUGCAUAUGUCGAAAGAUCUCACUUUAGAACAAUUCGGACAGCAUCUUCGAAUUGAAAAGGAAAGUCGGGUUAGAGAUGUAACUAACACCGAUUCUAAAGUGAAUGUGAGUAAUGUUCAAAGUGGGAGUUCGAGUAAGACCAAUAAGCACUUGAAAGUAAACAAAAGUGGGAGUGGUUUCAAGAAGAACAACUCCAAGAAUCCCAACAAGGACAAGAAGAAUCGAGCAUGUUUCCAUUGUGGAAAGAAAGGCGAUUACAUUCGCAAAUGUAAACUCUUAAAGAACAAGAAAAAGGAUGAAGAAGGCAAUGUCAUUGAAACGAAUGUCAUUGAGGACAUUGUUGCUAUGGUAAGUGGCAUACAUAUUGAUAUGAUCAUUGAAAUUCAUAUGGCUGUAAUUGGAAAUCCUUUUGAUUGGUGGUUCGAUUCGGGUGCAACAGUGCAUAUGUGCAACAACAAGGAGCAGUACAAAACUUAUGAUGAGUCUUCCAUAGAACAACAAGUACUGAUGGGCAACCAUAAUAAAGUAAAGGUUCUUGGAAAGGGCACCGUUGAAGUGAAGAUGAGUUCUAGCAAGAUGAUAAUCUUGACCAAUGUUUUUCAUGUACCCGAUAUCAAGAAGAAUCUUAUGUCUGCCAAUUUGCUAUGUAAGAGUGGUGUAAAAACUGUACUUGAAUCAAACAAGUUAAUCUUGUCCAAGAAUGAUAAUUUGUAG